UGGUAUUAAAGAUGAACAAUUCGAGUCACCCAUAUAACAAAUCAAAGCAUGACAUGCACCUUCAAUAUUACGAAAAGAAACGUUCUCAAGACCAAGAGCAACACUCAGCCUUCCUCCAAUCAAUCGCUAACAAAAUUAAGGAGCUGCCAGAGUUCCAAAACAGACAACAUGAAAAAUUCAAAUCCUUCGGAAGUUCAUCUGCGUUGCCAAGCAAGUCUGAGAAGAUCCCUUCGAAUGUGGUGCCAGUCUAUGAUUCUUCCUUUGGUAAAUACAGAGAGAAGCUUGGUGGAGAGACCCGCACCAGCUCUAUCAGUAGGAAGGUAGAAUCUGAGUUUGCCUACAAUUCUAUCAUCUCUGAUCCUGCUAAGAAAGCCUACCAUAACCCUUCCUUGCAGGAAGAAGGCAAAGCUAGGGGAAAUAAAGAAAGGGAUCUCCACCUUGCGAGAGCUUUACUCGAGAGUGAAGAAGAAAACCGUAAGAUGUCAUUCCAGGCAAGGCAUCAGUAUUCUGCUGGCGAUACCCUUAAGAAGCCCAGGAAUCUCAAGAACUCUUCUAAAUUAACUCCUAAUGCUGCUAAAGAAACAGAGUCAGGCACCGAUAAACGUAUUCUUGGUAAAAAGAACAUGCAUAUCUCAAUUGGAGAACAAAUAGUAUCAAAGAAGAACUCCAACAAGUCAUUCCUAAUGCAAGCGGAUACCUCCUUCUCCAACGAUACUGGAGCUCACGGAGGUGGUCAUAAUAGAUUGGAUGACUCUAACCUUCCAGGUAUCAACCAGAAUUCAGAAACUGAUGCCUCUGAAGUCCCCCAUAGAAAUAAAUAAUGUAAAAACUGCAAAAGCAGAUAAUAGUGGGAGAACUAACAAGUCCAGGGACGGUCGCAGGCGUAAUAGAGAUAAGUCAGCACUGAGCAAUUCCAAAGCUAAGCAUGCAGCUGAGCUACAGAAGCUGAAGAAGUCUGGGGCUCUUAAAUGGACUCCAAAGUUAUGAGUUGAUACACCAAUGACAGUUGAAAGAGUCAAAUUCAGUCAUGCUGCUUAUGAAAAUGACAACAAGUGGAAUUAUAGAAUUAUGAGCAAGGAUGAUUACCAAAGGAGAGAACAGGUCAAACUGGAAUCAAACUCUCAGACCCAAAUUGUGUACGACUAUAUGGACAAAAGCCCCUUCUACACAGAUGCUAAUCCUUACAUUGAUGAAAGAAAGCUGUUAGAGUCUAAGAAUAACGCUGGGUUCGUUAAUCCAAGGAUUAAGGGAAGAGGCUACAGACGACCAAUGAUCAACACUGGAAUCCCAAAGAAAGACAAGGUGUACACAAAUUUGAACCCUUACUACAUUGUUGAGGGAGAGGACGACACAACACUAGUAUUUGAGAGUCGUUUCGAAUCAGGGAAUCUCAAGAGAGCAAUAAAGGUGAACGAAUUUGAAUAUGAUCUAGUUCUGAGGAAUGAUUACAACUCUCAAGGCUAUACUCAAUGGUAUUAUUUCAAAGUGACCAACACAAGGGCUGACAGAAAGUAUCUGUUCAACCUUUAUCACUUCUACAAGCAAGAUUCUAUUUAUAAUGAAGGAAUGAGACCCCUCAUUUAUUCACGCAAGAAGGAAGCCAAGGAAGGAGUCGGAUGGAUGAGGAUUGGAGAAGAUAUUUGCUAUUACCAGAACACUACUAAGAGGAAGUCUGGUCCAGGCUACCUCUACUCUCUCUCAUUUAGCUUUGAUCUUCCAUUUGAUGACGACGAAGUAUAUUUCUGCCAUCAUUAUCCAUACACUUACAGAGAUUGUAAGGAGUUUCUCGAAGAUCUUUGAACUGAAGAAAAGAAAGAAGAAAUAGUGUCAAAGAAGGAUAGGAUAAGAAAAACAGAAAUGUGCAAAUCCUUAGCAGGCAACAGCCUAGACUUGGUCAUCAUCACCAAUUUCCUCAGCUCUGAGCAGGAUAUAUCUCAGAGAGAUGCUGUCAUAAUUACAGGAAGGGUUCACCCAGGUGAAUCGAACUCUAGCUAUAUUGUUCAAGGUAUUCUGGAAUUCUUGGUCUCUGAUGAGCCAGAGGCUAUCCAGCUAAGGGAUAAAUAUGUCUUCAAAAUCAUCCCAAUGCUAAACCCUGAUGGGGUGAUCCUAGGUAACUACAGGUGAUCUCUGAGCGGCCAGGAUCUCAAUAGACAAUGGAUUGCAGCCACUUCUAGAGUAUUCCCUGAGAUCUAUCACACAAAAUUGAUGUUCAAGAAGACUCUAGAAAGUCGGAGGAUCUUCAUGUUUGUGGAUGUUCAUGGGCAUUCAAGAAAAUCUAACUGCUUCAUGUACGGAUGUAGCAACAAAACAUCUGACAAAAAGAACUAUGAGAAGAUAUUUCCAAUGAGGUUCGGCGACCUUCACUCAACUUUCUCCUACGAAGACUGCAGUUUCAACGUCUCUAAAGAUAAAGAGAGCACUGGGAGAGUAGUUGUCAGGCGGGAGUACAACAUUCUUAACUCCUUCACGCUUGAGUCUUCUUUUCUGGGGGCUAACAAAGGAAUUUACCAGGAUACCCAUUUUACGCCAGAACAACUUAAGGAUAUAGGAAGGUCAUUCUGCAAGACUCUGAAUGAUGCCGAAGACCCAAAGAUCAAAGCAACCAUUCUAAAGAAGCUGUCAAGUUAA